AUGACUCGUGCCUUGAACAAUAAGACGAAUACGAUCAAGUUUCUUUACAGUUACGGCGGCAAAAUUGUUCCUCGGAAGGUCGACGGGAAACUCCGAUACGUUGGUGGAUUCACCCGAGUUGUCGCUGUGGAUCGUUCAAUCACAUUCACAGAGCUAAUAGUGAAGUUUGGAGAGUUGUGUGGAUCUUCCACGAGUUUGAGAUGCAAAUUGCCGAGUGAAGAUCUUGACGUCUUGGUCUCGAUAACCUCCGAUGAGGACCUCUUUAACGUCAUUGAAGUGUAUGAUCGAGUCUCAUUCGAUGAGAAGUCGGAGAUGAAGAUCAGGGCUGUGCUUUUUCCGAUCAAGCCGCUGAAAACAAUCUCUCUUCCUCCGUCACCUGUUUUGUCAAUUUCCUCCACUUCCUCUGCUUCCAAAUCGCCGCCGUGUGUAACUUCCAGAGUCCAUUCUCUUCCCCAGCAAUAUCGUUGCGGCAGCCGAAGUUCCUCUCCGGCAAUUGGCUUCGCGGUCGAUGGUCAGAAAAGCAGUCGGAUGGCCCAACGGUGCUACUAUCGUUGCUAUGAUUGUCAACAAGGGAGGUCUAGGCAUGCGUACCUUGUUCCUCAAUGGAGUCACUGUCACUAGUCCACAAAACUUCAACUAUGAGAAAGCCAUAAAAUUAAGUCCCCCCGCUCGCAACAAAACCAGAGUUCCAGUAUAUGAACAAAUAAAUCAAAUUUCAUACAGGAAAACAGCCAGUAAGAGUAGGAAAAUAAACAAUUCAUAAAAAAAGUAAGAUUGAUCUGAAGAUUUUUUGGUUUAUUAAUUGUAUAGUGUUUUUUGAGGAUGUUCUUGAUUCAAUUUUUUAGUGUGAAUUUUGCCACUGAGCUGGGAUUUGUUGUCCAAAGCAGGUGAGUUUUGAGAUCUUUGGUAUUUUGGCAGUUGCAAUCCCCAUCCCCCCAAAUCCUCUGAUAUCUUUGUGAGGAGAUCUUAACCGUUAGGCUUCCACUAAAUUUAAAGUGUACCCCUUGCCAUUUUA